CACUCAAAGCGAAUUGCGAGCUGCAGAGAUUUGUAUCUUACGUCAAGCGCAGAAAGAUGUGUAUGCUGAGGAAAUCUCGUUGCUGUCUUCAUCUGAUAAAAAUAUCACUCUACCAAAAAGAAGUCCUCUCUUUAAAGUAUCCCCAUUCCUCGACGCAAACGGUGUCUUACGUAUGCGCGGGCGUAUUGGAUCCUGUACGUUUGUUGAUUUGAACACUGCUCAUCCUAUAAUUCUGCCUAAAGAUCAUCACGUCACAAUACUGAUCGUGCAAUUUAUGCAUGAGCGUUACCAUCACAUUAAUAAUGAAACUGUUGUCAACGAAUUGCGCCAGCUUUAUCAAAUUCCAAUGCUACGAAGAGUGUGUGAUAAAAUUCGACGGAAAUGUCAAGUUUGCAAAAUUGUCAAAGCAAAUCCUCAACCUCCACUCAUGGCUGACCUACCAUUCGCCAGGCUCGCUGCUUAUUCUAGACCCUUUUCCUACGUUGGGAUAGAUUACUUUGGACCGUUGAAUGUAGUUGUUGGAAGACGCGUCGAGAAAAGAUGGGGAGUUCUCUUAACUUGUUUGGUAGUAAGAGCUGUCCAUAUCGAAAUUGCGCAUUCGCUCAACACCAGCUCUUGCAUCAUGGCCUUACACAACUUUAUAGCCAGACGUGGGAAACCAUUGGAGAUCUUUAGCGAUCGCGGAACAAAUUUUGUAGGCGCAAAUAGAGAGCUGAAACAUGCGCUUCGGGACAUGGAUCAUGACAGACUAAUGGAAGAGUUCACCUCUACGGAUAUUAAAUGGACAUUUUUACCGCCAAGUAGCCCACACAUGGGUGGGAGUUGGGAGCGAUUGAUACAAUCUGUGAAGAAGACCCUCAGCAACAUGAAGCUCCCUAGACUCCCCACAGAUGAAGUACUGCGUAACGCACUUCUGGAGAUAGAAAACAUCAUCAACUCACGACCCCUCACUUACCUACCGAUAGAAAAUUCAGACACCGAAGCCCUUACUCCGAACCACUUCCUGCUGGGAUCUUCCAGUGGAUUGAAACCUGUAGUACCGUACGAAGACGACUUGAAUACUUUGAGAAACACUUGGAAGACCUCUCAAGUAUAUGCUAAUUAUUUUUGGAAAAGAUGGUUACGAGAAUAUCUUCCAACGAUAACUCGCCGUACAAAAUGGCACUAUAAUGUGAAACCCAUCGAAGUAGAUGACAUCGUAGUCAUCGUAGACAACGACCUUCCAAGGAACUUGUGGCCAAAAGGAAUUGUCACUAGCAUCACGAAAAGUCGAGACGGACAAGUCCGUAGUGCAACGGUGAGAACUGCAUGUAAUACCUACGAUCGACCAGCGGUGAAGUUAGCAGUACUAGACGUCGGCGCAACGAGUAGUAAGCAGAAUUCAUAAUUCUGCGUACUGCGGGGGAGUGUUACGUCAUACACGAACGCGCCGGUGCUACCAACGAGCCCCCACCAGAGUUCGCCUGUCAUGGCCCACGAUGAGAAAGAAAAGGAGAGAGAAACUAAACAACGGCAUGUCAUAUCAAAAACGCAUGUGAUCCAGAAGGCAAACAAUUCUAAACCAUUUUGAGUAUUCCGUUAUUAACUGCCUGGUAAUACUGAACUUUAAGUUGCACAGUUGUAAGGUAGUUAGUUGGCAUCCACAUUCACCGGUAUUUUGCUAAAAGAGUUUAGAAUAGUACAUUUGUUUUAAGGAUAAAUUUAUGCUCUUUAUAGUUCAUGCAGUAAGGUGUUCUAGUGACUAUAGUUCAUGCAGUUAGGUGUACUAUUGACUAGUGACUAGUACAGUUAAUGUUAAUGACAGACUGACUAGUACUACAGGUAACAUACAAUCAUUGAUGACAGCACACUGAAACAUGCACUUAACGUUAAACUUAUGCUAGGUCUCACGCAACAUGAACGAACAGUACCGUACUGGGUAGAACUCCGAACAGCGACGAGAAACAUUUAUAUACAAACCGUAAGUCAUCUGAUAUUAAUUUAAUGACGGUGCACAGAAGCAUAAAAAUAUCGUUGAACUUAUGUCAGGUUUCACGCCCCGUGAGUUAAAACUCCCACACUAGGUCGAAAUUCGGACAGCACACCGAUUAUUAAAAAACGUCUCACGGAACACGAUAAACUAUUACCGUACGGGAUCGCAUUCCAGACAGCAAACGAGAUACGAUAAAACACUAAACGUAAGUCAUCUAAUGAUAACAAUAUCAUCUCAGUUUAUACAAUCAAAGUUUUCGCGUUACUAACGUAGUUUACCCUAUUGUAUAUCGCUUGCAGGAGAAACCACUGAUUAAUAAAAUCUGUUCAAAUUCACGGAAGUCGAUCGUACCGUCUUGUUACCAGCUUCGGGAACAAAACGUUUCAAAAAAGUUGCUGGUAUACCGUCCGGGCCCGUAGAGGUAGAAUUUUUUAACUUUGCUGUCGCUUUCAAGAUGGCUGCAUCUUCAAUUAGGAAUCUAUUCAAAGAUGAACCUAGAGGUAAAAUAUUCCGGACAGCCCAGGCUAGUUGCUCUGAAGAAAUGCCCUCAGUUGUAAAGACGCUUGAGAAUUUCCUGGCGGAGAGCUCACAAAUUUCGGGGUAGGAAUUUUUUACGUUCUUCCAAAAAAUUUUCGGACUGGUCUUGAAGUUUCGCUGUAGCCGAUUAAGAUAAUUCUGGUAGCAGCGCUUACUGGUUUUUUAUACUUGUACUUGUUAUAGUUACGAAGAGCACGUUUUUAGCUGUCUUCAGUUGCCGCAGUUCUUCAGUGACCCACAGAGUCCGUAGAUUAGCACCUAAGCUACGUUUCAGCACAUGGCGAUCGAUAGUGUGAUUAAGGAUAUUCGUAAAUUUCUCUGCAGCUGCGUUGGGAUCAGAGAGAUCGAGCUCAACUUCCCAUUCGAUGGAUUCCAGAACGCGCACGAUAGCUUCGGAAUCCAUAUUCUUGAAACCUUUAUAGUAAGACGUUUUCUCAAUGGGAGAAUAUAACCUAGUGGCACCGAGUGAGACCACUAGAGCUGGGUGAUGUAGGACAGCUUUGACGAGUGGAGCGGGAGCUAAAUCGAUCGUCGAAAUCCUGAACCCUUCGUUAACAAAGCAGAGGUCAAGCAUCCUGCCGUUCUCGUUUUCAACGUUAUUUAUCUGACGUAGAGUCACUGUGCUUAAGACAUCUAAGUAGACGCUGCAGGGUGCCGUGAAAGAAGAACCGCAGGAUCUGGAAACAGAAAGCCGCCUUGUGAAGAGCACCAUUUUAAGCCAGGCAUGUUGAAGUUGCCGAUGACGAGGAUGUCAUCUUCAGGAGAGCAAAUGGAACUGACGUUAAAAAGGCAACGUGAAAAAGAUUCGGCUACAACCAGGUCACUGGAACGAUCAGGAGGCACGUACAUUACGCACACAUAGAGUUUCCGAUCACCAAGAUUGAUGCGGUUCCAAAGAAUUUCCAGAUUAACCAAAGAAUCGUCUUCAAUAAGCAUGGCGGGGAGUUUAGAUUUAACGGCAAGUAACACACCGCCUCCGGUCGACUUUUUGCUGUUGAGUGGACUUUGAUCGUAACGAAACACUGCGUAAUCAGAGCCGAUAACCUGAUUAGAUAGAAUGCGGUCGUUAAGCCAUGUUUCAGUAAGGGCGAUAAUGUCAUAGCAGGAACACGAAUUGGCGAGAAAAUAGUCAAUCAAGCAAGAAUUGACACCACCAU